AACCGCUGCUGGGGCGCUUUAGAACUCGGACACCAAGCAGACCAGCCCAACCACCUGACACCCACACAUCCCGGCAUCCCUGAGCCGCCACCCCACUCGAUGGAUCCCGCCGUGGCGUGGUUUCAGGAGGAACAGGACGGCCCAGCGAAGCGCAUCUGGCAGCAAAUCUGGGACACAUUCUCGGAAAUGGACGGGAAUGCGGCGGCGGUGAGUGCUCUGAUUGAGCGUCAGCAGUCCAAGGAGCCCCACGAGUCCAACGGCUCCACCACUGGGGCCACGCUGGAGCGCAACUACUACAAUCCGUCGCGCAGGAAAGCCGGCAGCCAGCUGGACAACAAGGCCAGCACGUACAACAUGAACAAAUUCCAUGAGAGACUCGUGGGAAAGCACGGCGGAUGCCCGUGGCGCCCCCACAAAUUCACCUACGAGCGCGGUGUCACCGGCCUCCAUCAGGAGAUUGAGCAUUUCUACUCGCACAUGAUUCCCACAUCCACCGAACACGCGCUCAGAGUUGACGUGGUGACGAAGAUUGAGUGUGUUGUGCUGAGUUUAUGGCCGACAGCACAAGUUGAGGUCUUCGGAUCAUUCCGGACGGGACUGUAUUUGCCAACAAGUGAUAUUGAUCUCGUUGUAAUUGGACGAUGGGAUAAGUUGCCGCUGAGGACGCUUGAGACAGAGUUGACGAAUCGUCGCAUUGCCGAGCCGAUGUCACUGCGUGUGCUGGACAAGGCAUCGGUGCCCAUAAUAAAGUUAACAGAUCGCGAGAGUCAGGUGAAGGUGGACAUUUCGUUCAACAUGCAGAGUGGUGUGCAAUCGGCGGAAUUGAUAAAGAGCUACAAGAGAAAGUAUCCGGUGCUGUCGAAGCUUGUGCUCGUUCUCAAGCAAUUCCUCCUGCAGCGUGACCUCAAUGAGGUGUUCACCGGUGGCAUUUCAUCCUACUCACUGAUACUCAUGUGCAUCAGCUUCCUUCAGCUGCAUCCGCGUCAGAAUAUCCGCGAGAAGGCGGACUUGGGUGUUCUUCUGCUGGAAUUUCUCGAGUUGUACGGCAGAAAGUUCAAUUACAUGAAGACUGGGAUUAGUAUUAAGAAUGGCGGGCGUUACAUACCGAAGGAGGAGCUGCAGAAGGAGAUGGUGGAUGGCCACAGACCCAGUUUGCUCUGCAUUGAGGAUCCACUGACGGCUGGCAAUGACAUUGGGAGGUCUUCAUAUGGUGCUCUUCAGGUGAAACAGGCCUUUGAGUAUGCCUACAUCGUGCUGGCACAGGCCGUUUCGCCACUCAACACAGAACUCAACGAUUGCUCGCGCAACAGCAUUCUGGGCAGGAUAAUUCGCGUGACUGACGAAGUGGUGGACUAUCGUGAGUGGGUGCAGAAGACAUUUGAGUCGCGUCUGAUGCUGUCGCAGCCGUCGUCGCCGUCGCUGCAAGUGGGCGGCGGCAAUCUGGCGAGACGGCGCGGCAGCAUUUCCAGCCUGGAGACGUCGGAGGAGAGCAUGGACAGCUACGCGGACAGCAAUUCAGCAUCGAGAGACGUGUCGCCGACAUCUGUCACGCACACGCAUCAGCAGCAGCCGUUCCUCGUGCACCAGCCGACAGUCGUGCAGGAGGAUGUGCCGACGGAGAGCACGCCGGGGAAUCUCAUGGCGAGACAGCAAAUCAUUGUACCUGCCCCAUAUCAUGUGCACGCACAGAUGCAGCGGACGUCGCAAGUGCCGCAGAACAACGGUGUCAUUAUGGAGGAGAUGCUGAGCGUACGGAGCAGUGCGUCGCCCAGUCAGCCCAACAUGCCCGUGGUGCUGCCCGUGACGAUGGUCCAGCCACCGCCGGCGGUGACGUAUCCGCAGAUGUACAUCAACAGCCGCCUCACGAACGCCCGGAGUGGCGGCGAGCUGGCGGCUCACGGCGGAUUGCCGCAGCAACUGCAGCAAGGGCAGCCGCAGUCCGGCGGUCGGCAGGUGUCCAAGCCGCGUCGCAACAGCAUCCUCACGCGAGCCGUCGCAGAAGCCGCCGCUUCCACGUCCAUGGCGAAGACUGUUGAGAACGACUCGUCGUCGAGUGGCGGCACGUAUGCGGAUAAAUCCGGCGGCAGCAGCAAUGGCAGCCAGAAGGAUCACGGUUCGCAAGUGAUGCACCACAAGGCGUCCGCGGCGGUGCAGCGCAAGAAUCCGAAGCGCAAGAAGAUGCCGGGAGAGAAGCAAAAGGAGCGCGGGUGCAGCAGCAGUGCGAGCAGCAGCAGCAGCCACCAGAGUGCCAAGGAGUCGCCCAUUGUGAGCCGAUGAUGGAGAUCGCAACACGACGGCGAGCAGAGAAGGGAAAAGAAGGCCGACCACGAUGACUAUGAGGUGAUGAUGAAGUGGCCAGGAGAUAAGCACUUUGUGGGCAUUGUCUGAUGAUUGAGUGUUCUCCGGACUUUUCUGUUUUUUGCUGUCGUGCUUGCGAUUUUACGGACGUUGUUGUGAUUGUGUUGAAGAAAGGAAAGAGAGAGCGAGAGAGUAAGGAAGAGGAGAGAAAGCUGCUGCAGUGAUGAUUAUUGUGAGAGGGCAGAAGGAAUCCUCGGAGUUUUGAUGCGUAACAACCACUGAUUAUCUGAUGAAAAUACUUUUUGAUCCACGCGCAGAGGACUUGCGGUUAGAGUUUAGAGAUGAAUUGAUAACUUAUUGAUAACACUGUGUUCGUUAGGCAUUAGAAGGGGACAAACAAGAGGGAGAAAGAGAGAGAGAGAGAGAAAAGCGUGUAAUUAUUGCGAGGAAAAGCACACGAAGAGAAGAGAAAAAAUUGUAAUAUUUACCUAUACUAGAAUAUUUCUUUUCAUUUUCUAAAAAAAAACAAAAAAAAACAAAUCAAACUAUCGUAGUGUAAAAAAACAUGAAUAAUUGUAUUUACCACUUAGUUUUAACCUCUCUUAAGGCUUCCACAGUCCACGCGCCAUAGAAUCUACUAUAAUUAUAUUUUAACCCAGGUUUAAUUUUAAGGCAAAAAUACUUGUUACGCGCUAUAUAUAUAUAUAUAUAUUUAGGUUUCUAUUCUGUACGGGUUCUGAAGGGGCGAAGAGAGAAAUAAUAAGCAAUGCAAUGGAAUGAGUGGAUUUUUGGGAGAAAAGCUCGACGAAUGAAGACACAAGAACGAGACAAUGAAAGCAAAACAAUCAUUUAAUAGGGUCGAUUAAGGGAGGAAGUAGAGAGAAAAGGGGAGAAAAAAAAUUGUAAUUGGUGUGAAACGGAUUUAAUUUUAGCGAUAAAGUUGCUCGCGGGAGUGUGAGAUUUUAAUUUAUCCACCUCUAAGUGUUGUAUAAUUUUCAAAUUAGAAGAAUGUGAGAGAGAAUUUUUUGUACUAAGAUUCCAAAUGAAUUUAUAUAUAGAGGGAGGUGGAGCUCUUUUGCUGUUGUAAAUUGUUAAAUGUUCUUUUUCUUUUGAAGUUAGAUGGCAAAUGUGAAAAGAGAGAGAGAGAGAGA